UUCCAAUCAUGUCAAUAAAACACCAUAUAUAUCGACGGUAAACGUCGGCCGUACCCGUACCCCGGUUCCCCUCCCCCGCCAUGGCAUCCGUAGCUUUGCUUUUCUUGUUAAUAAUAUCCUCAACCUUCCUAUUUUCACACGCUAAUAAUUUUCAGCUUCAAUCAUCAAUAACCCAAGAUGAAUCCUUUACCUCGAUCCUCGUAUCUCAAAACGGCCUUGAUUUCGUCAAGGACUUGCUCGUCAACAAAGCCAUCUCUUCCAUCAUCCCUUUGCAACUGCCUGCCGUCAUUGAAAAAUCUGCCAGAAUCCCAUUUCUGGGCAAUGUUAAUAUGGUUAUCUCCAAUGUUACUAUCUACAAAAUCGACGUUUUGUCGUCUUAUGUGAAACCAGGGAACUCUGGGAUUGCGAUUGUUGCCUCGGGGACUACUUGUAACUUGACCAUGAAUUGGAAUUAUUCUUAUAGUUCUUGGCUUCUUCCCUUCGAGAUUUCUGAUGGAGGAAGGGCUUCUGUUGAGGUUGAAGGAAUGGAGGUGGGGCUUACAUUAGGCUUGGAGAAUCAUGAAGGAACUUUGAAGUUGUCCCUCAUGGAGAGUGGUUGUUAUGUGAAAGAAAUCACCAUAAAAUUGGAUGGAGGAGCUUCUUGGCUUUAUCAAGGAAUGAUUAAUGCCUUUGAGGGGCAGAUAGGAUCUGCAGUGGAAAGUGCUAUUGCCAAUAAACUUAAAGAUGGAAUCUUAAAGCUUGAUUCAUUUCUGCAAUCUCUUCCGAAGGAAAUCCCCGUGGAUGAUAAUGCUUCUUUGAAUGUAUCUUUCGUGGAAAAUCCUCUAUUGAGCAAUUCUUCCAUUGAAUUUGACAUCAAUGGGUUAUUCACAGAUAUUAAAAAGGUUCCAGCAGUUUCUAAGAACUAUCAACAGACCCAGCAACCUUCAGUUCUCUGCACUGAUCAGUCUAAAAUGCUUGGAAUUUCAUUAGAUGAAGCUGUGUUCAACUCUGCUUCAGCUUUAUACUAUGAUGCUGAAUUUAUGAAAUGGAUUGUUGAUAAAGUACCGGAGCAGGCUCUUUUAAAUACUGCUGAAUGGAGAUUUAUUAUUCCCCAACUGUACAAGAAAUAUCCAAAUGAUGAUAUGAAUUUGAACAUUUCUCUGUCUUCUCCGCCAGUCGUAAGGAUUUCCGAGCAUAAAAUUGAUGCCACCGUUUAUGCAGACGUGAUAAUUGAUGUAGCUGAAGCUGAUCAAGUGAUACCGGUUGUCUGCAUUUCAUUGGUGAUCCGCGGCUCGGGUUCAAUUAAAAUUGUGGGGAAUAACCUCGGUGGCAGUGUGAACCUAGAUGACUUGGCAAUGUCGUUGAAGUGGAGCAAAAUUGGCAAUCUUCGAAUGUAUCUGAUACAGCCGGUGAUGUGGACGCUCGUUCAAACUGUCGGUAUACCGUAUGCCAAUUCCUACCUUGGAAAAGGUUUCCCAUUGCCCAUCAUUCAUGGCUUCACCCUUCAGAAUGCUGAAAUUAUUUUCUCUAAUUCAAAAGUCAGCGUUUGCAGUGAUGUUACCUAUUCAGUAUCAGACAAUCUUGAUCGGCUCUCAGAUAAGAUCGGUGUUCAUAUUGUGCAACCUGGAGACGUCCUCAAAACGGUUUUACAGGGAGAGAAAUGAGACAAAUUGUCAACUUCUUCCCGUUGUAAAGUUAUACUUAAGAUGCAAACCCUUUGGUCAACAUAACCAGGAAUGUAGAAAAAGCUUGUUGAAUGUACAAAGAUAUGACCAAAGGCAUAUUUCAAUUUGUAUUACUUCAAUGACUACCAAAUCAUAAAAAUUUCA